UGUGCAGUCUUUUGCCGGUGGACUAAAAUCUCCCGCCAUUUCGAUAGGGAAUUAACCUCUUGUAUGAUCUAGGUUACUUUCUUGUAACACGGAACUUCGACUGCAUCCGUGGCAAUAGUUUGAACGAGAUCAAGUCUAGUUUGUAGCUAUUUACGGUACUACGUGAUCGCGACACAGACCUGCCGCUGAACGUUGCCGCGAGUUUGAUUUCGGUUUGGGUGCGCUCCCAUUUUUGCACCUGAAGGAGCUGAAAGUUUAACCAGCUGUUUCGGUGGACCACUUCGCUUACGUCUCGAGACGCUACGUGAAAGCGACAUGACACCGCUGCUGGAGGAACGGAGAGCGGUGUGAUGAGGCCGACUGUGAGGAGCUGUUAUUGUUUUGCAUCGCUAGCUGAACACCGGGCCUGCCGGCGGUAACGUGGAACCUGCUAUCGCUCGAUAGAGAUUACGGGCGCAUGAAUACAUGCUAAGACGACACCACUGUCUAAAAAUCGCUCUAGUUGUUCGAUAGAAAGUCUAAUUCCACCUGAGGCACUCCUGCCGCCUUUACGUUUUUGCCAUGGCACCGCUUUUGGGCCGGAAACCGUAUCCACUGGCUAAGCCGUUAGCCGAGCCACCAGGCCCGGGAGAGGAGGUCUACAUCAUCGAGCACACCAAGGAGGCCUUCACGAACAAAGAAGAGUAUGAGGCACGUUUGCAGAUGUAUAAUGAACGCGUCUGGAUAUGCAAGAGCACCGGAAGUCUCCAGCUUACUCACAAGGAAGCCUGGGACGAGGAACAAGAAGUCACAGAGCUGCUUCAGGAGGAGUAUCCUCUGUGGUUUGAGAAGCCAGUCCUUGAGAUGGUUCACCACAACACCGUAUCUUUAGACAAACUGGUUGAAAUGGCCUGGAUGGAAGUCCUCACCAAGUAUGCUGUGGGUGAAGAGUGCGACUUCCUGGUGGGAAAGGACCAAAGUUUACGGGUGAAGGUGGUGAAGAUUCAUCCUUUAGAAAACCCCGAGGGUGAAUCGGGUGAGAAGAAGCUUGAAGGUGCUUGUGACUCCCCCUCCAGCGACAAGGAGAACACCAGCCAGGAGAACCAGAGGAAGGAGCCCCCACCUCGCGAGGAGGAGAACAGAAGGGAGAGUCUCAGUGACAGGGCACGACGUUCUCCCAGGAAAGUCACCACUGCCACAAAGGAAGAGAAGAAGAAAUGGGUAAUGCCCAAAUUCCUUCCUCUUAAGUACGACGUGAAGCUCAUCGACGAGGAUAAGGUGAUCAGCAACGUUCCAUCAGACAGUCUUUACAGAACCGAGCGCCCUCCAACCAAAGAGAUCAUGCGCUACUUCAUCAGGCACUACGCCCUGAGGCUGGGCAAAGGAGAGAGUGCUCCCUGGGUAGUUGAGGAUGAGCUUGUUAAAAAAUAUAAUCUGCCCAGCAAGUUCAGUGACUUCCUACUUGAUCCUCACAAGUUUUUGGCAGAAAAUCCCUCCAAAAAGCGUAAGAGCAUGACAUCUGACGGUAAACCUAGAAAGAAGAUUAAGACGGGUGACACUCCUGGAGAGGAUUCUGCAAACGAGAAGGGAAAAAAGAAAGAGUCUCUAAGUGUGCCUCUUAGUCCCACGCUUUGGAGUCACAUGCAGAAAAUAAAAAUUAUCUGUUCUCCACUCAAGAUGAAGAACUCUGGAAGUCCUAAGAAAGAAGGGAAAAGCUCAGCUCCCUCUACUCCAAAAUCUGCCAAGAAGCCAGGAGACAAAAAAGAAGGAAAGAAAAGUGGAAAGAGUAGUGAUAAGAAGCUCAAUGGGCUGAAGUUCUCCAAGAAAGAUGACCCAACUGGUGCAAAAACACCAAGGAUGAAGCAGAUGACACUGUUGCAUCUGGCUAAAGGCACACCUGCUGGAAGUCCUAAAAAGAGAGCUCGUAGUGGUGUUGUGGGUACACCUAAACUUGGCAAACCACUGCACCCCAUGGCACUCCAUCUCCUGCGUUAUUACAAGGAGAACAAAGGCAAGGAGGACAAAAAGAACGCCCUUUCCUCCCUCAUAUCUAAAGCUGCAAAGACCUUAUCCCUAGACGAUCGUGGCCGUCUGCCAGAGGAGCUGCAGGAGCUCGUACAGAAGCGCUGGGAGCUGCUGGAGCAGAAAAGACGCUGGGCGGCCUUGAGUGAGGAAGAAAAGGAGCAGGAGAUAAAAAGGAGGCGUGCAGAACACAAAAAGAAACUAAGAGAAAAGGCCAAGGAGAGACGAGAGAAGGAGAUGCUGGUCCGUCGCGAACAAUCCCGUAGAUACGAAGACCAGGAGAUCAAAGAUGGCAAGGCCCUGCCGACGUUUAAGCUUGUAGACAUGCCCGAAGGGUUGCCCAACACCCUGUUUGGUAGUGUAGCAAUGGUUGCUGAGUUCCUUAAUUGCUAUGCGGGCCUGCUAAUGCCAAAUGAUCAAUAUCCAAUCACUGCAGUGGCUCUGAUGGAAGCGCUGGCAAGAGAGCGGUCUGGCUUCCUCUACCUGAACCGUGUGUUGGUGGUGCUGCUCCAGACGCUGCUGCAGGAUGAGCUGGCUGAAGGCUACAGCGAGCUGGACAUGUCCUUAUCUGAGAUUCCUCUCACCAUGCAUUCUGCGUCAGAGCUUACACGGUUGUGCCUGAGGCCGUGCGACGCUCACGAAGAGAGCGGUCAGGGUUCAGAGGACACUGGCGCCAUGGGGGACUUCGAUGACAUGAUGAGUAAUGAGUUCCUAGAGAAGCUCGAGACCAUCGAGGUGUUUGAGCUGAGCCCCGAGGAGAAGGUCGACUUGUUGGUGGCUCUGUGCCACCGCAUCCUCAUGACUUACUCAGUGGUCGACCACUUCGAAGCAACACAGCAACGCUCUGCGGAGCUGUGGAGGGAGCGUAUUGCGAUGCUGAAAGAGGCCAAUGACCGCAAGAAGGCUGAGAAGAAGAUGCGGAAGGAGAUGGAGAGCAAAGGUGAAAAGAAAAAAGAGGGGAGUGUUAAGAAGGAGAGCAAAAAAGAAGUAAAGGAUGAGCCGGAGGCAGAGCCUGAGGACAUGAUCAGCUCAGUGAAGAGCCGGAGGCUGAUGUCUAUGCAGGCCAAGAAGGAGAGGGAGGAGCAGGACAGACAAAACAAAGAGCGCAUGGAGAAGGAGGCAGAGGAGGAGCGGAUGCGUAAACAGAAAGCUGCUUCAGAGAAGGCCUUCCAGGACGGAAUAGCUAAAGCCAAACUUGUGAUGCGUCGGACUCCGCUCGGUACAGACAGAAACCAUAACAGAUACUGGCUGUUCUCAGACGUGGUACCUGGUUUAUACAUCGAGAAAGGCUGGGUGCAUGAAAGCAUCGACUACAGCUUCACUCCUCCUCCGCCUGAGGAGAAACCAGCUGAGCCUGAGAUGGACGAGGACGAGGAAGACGCUGAAGCAGCUGCUGCCCUUGAUUCACAAGAAACUGAGAGGGAUGAUGGAAGUGUGGACGGUGCUGCAAGUGAAGGAGCCCAGCAGGAGGCAGCACCAGACGUCUGUAUUGAAACUACCAUCCCCAAACAAGGACAGAACCUUUGGUUCAUCGUGGACAAUCUAGCUGAACUGGAAGAGCUGGUGGACAGUCUUCAUCCUCAGGGGGUCAGAGAGAGUGAGCUGAAGGCCAAGAUCCAAAGCAGGUAUCAGGACAUCCAGCACUCCAUCAAUUUGACCCGUAAGGGCAAAGUGGGUCUCAGGACGUGUGAUGGCUACGAAGAGCUGAUCAAAUAUUUGCGCAGUGAUAUCCAGGAAGUGGCCUCCAGACUCCAGAAGGGAGGAUUGGGCUACUUGGAUGAUGACACAGACAUUGAAGAUCAGUUGAAAGAGAUGGAUAACUUGAAAGAAUUUGGCGAGUGCAUCAUCACUCUUCAGGCCUGCGUAGUCAAAAAGUUCCUGCAGGGCUUCAUGGCCCCGAAGCAGAAAAAGAAGAAGAAGCAGGCAGCAGAAGAAAGCAGCAAGACUGAAGAGGUGGAUGAGGAAAAAAGACUCGCAGAGGAGGCCAGAGUAGCCACAGCAGUGGAGAAGUGGAAGGCGGCCAUCAGGGAGGCUCAAACGUUUUCUCGCAUGCACGUAUUGCUGGGGAUGUUGGACGCUUGCAUUAAGUGGGACAUGUCUGCUGAGAAUGCUCGCUGCAAAGUUUGUCGCAGAAAAGGUGACGACGACGAGAAGCUGAUCCUCUGUGAUGAGUGCAACAAGGCCUUCCAUUUGUUCUGCCUGCGACCGGCUCUGUACCGCAUCCCUGAUGGGGAGUGGCUGUGCCUGGCCUGCCAGCCCACCGUGGCCCGGAGAGGCUCUCGCUCAAGAAACUAUAACCAAGACACAGAUGAAGAAGAGAGCGAGGAAGAGCCUGAAGAGGAAGGCUCUGAAGAAGACGAAGAGGACGAGGAAGAAAAUGACUACAAAGCCAUGGGGCACAGCUUGAGGCCGAGAAAGAAGAAUAAGCUGUCGUCAUCUCGGCAGAAAAACUCCAAAAGUAAAUCGAAGAAGCCGGCGUCCUCCAGCAGUCAGAGCAGCAAGCAGAGGGCAUGCCCAAACAGUCUCGCAGACAUUGAUGAACUGGUGCGGCAGAGUUCUCAGACGGGAGUGAGCAGAAACAAGCUGGAGUUGGAAAGAUGUGAAGAAGUCCUCAAAAAACUGAUGAAAUUCCGCUACAGCUGGCCUUUCAGGGAGCCGGUUUCCCCGGAUGAGGCAGAGGACUACCUGGACAUCAUCUCCGAGCCCAUGGAUUUCCAAACGAUGAUGGGCAAGUUCAGCCAGGGCUCGUACCGCCACGCCCAGGACUUCGUGGAUGACAUGAAGCUGGUUUUCUCCAACUCAGAGGAGUACAACCAGCAGGGCAGCACCGUGCUGUCCUGCACCGUCAAAACGGAGCAGACCUUUGUGGAGCUGCUCCAGAAGCUGCUGCCCGGCCUCAGCUACCUUCGGCGACGCCCUCGCAAGCGCGUUUGCCCGGCACCUCCUUCGUCCGAGGAGGAGGAAGAUGACGACAACGAUGAAGAAGAGGAGGAGAAAGAAGAGGAGCCAAAGAAGAAGAGUAAGAAGAUGCAGAAUAGCAAAUUGAGCAGAAAGAGCAGCAGAAACAGUCGGGGCCGGAAGAACGAGGAGAGCGAAAGCGAGGAAGAUGAUGAGGAGGAGGAGGAUGAAGAAGAGGAGGAGCCAAAGAAGAAUAAGAAGAAGAUGCAGAAUGGCAAAUUAAGCAGAAAGAGCAGCAGAAACAGUCGACGUCGGAAGAACGAGGAGAGCGAAAGCGAGGAAGAUGAUGAUGAGGAGGAUGAAGAUGAGGAUGACAACAAGAGGAGAAGUAAGAGGACCACUGUCACCUCCGCCCGGAAGGAUUACAGGGAGCAGGAUAGCGACGGUGAGCAGGACACACGGAGGACUCGGCAGCAGGGGCACCGGUCCAAGCAGCAGCCACAUUCCAAGAGGCAGAAACGCUCGUGAAGUCCAGGCUGCUGCUCUUUGUUCCUCUGUUUUUACUUUAACAAACAACCCUGUCCACUCCUCACAAUCAACGAGCUCCUCUCCUCUUCCUCCCAAAGCCAGCGAGACUCCACCCUCAGACGGACUCUGUGUUUAAUUAUUUUAUGCUCACAUUUAGGAAAAACAGAAGAAAACGGGUUUAUAUUUGUAAUACGUUUAGUGUUUGUCACAUGGUGUUCAGCCAAGAACAACGAGAGCUUUGCAGUGGAGUGAAAGUCCUCACAGCUGUGAACUCUUCAGCGCACGCAGGUGGAAGCUGAAAUGGACCUUUGUGAGUUUACCUCUGCCCUGCCUGUAAGUCUGUCCAAGUUCAGUUCAGUCCAGAUCAACUUGGAAGGGUUUCUAGUUGUAGUGGGGGGUGUCCUCUCAGCCCAGGUUCACUUGCAGGGACGAGACAUCACAACAUUAAAACUAAAUUGAACUCAUUUUUGGCUCGUAGAGCCGUCAGCCUGUUCUCUGUAGUGCCCCGCCACGUUAAAAGACUCUCCUGUAAAGUUGAGCAAGGCAGCAGCUGCAGGACCACACCUUUAAAACAAGUGCAGACAUUUGUAAACUAUUUAAAACCAGUAUGAUUUUGUUUUCCUGUGGAAUGUGGGCUUUUUUUUUUUUUUUUUUUGAAUAUUUGAUAUAUUUUUGCACAUAUUUGAAAAUGUAUAUGAGAACUU